AUGCUCAGCUUGUAUCUCAAAACGUACAAUGUGCUCUCAGCAUUAGCAUGGGCUGUUAUUCUUUUUAAAGACAUUAUCGACCGUAUCCCGGGCCAGCUCUACCAUGUCGGAUACUCUGCUUUUCCUCACAAGUUGUUGACCGAGGUGCAAACGGCCAAUGCCAUCUUUGAAAUUGCACAUGCCCUCGUGGGCAUUGUUCCCUCGCCUUUGGGCUCGCUUCUUCUCCAGUUUUUUGCCCGUCUUGUGAUCACUCUAGGAAUCUCUUACUACGUGCCCGCAUCGCCGGGAAACUACAGCAUGGCAUACUCGGCGCUUGUCGCAGCGUGGUCCAUCACGGAAAUCAUCCGCUAUUCGUUCUAUGCGGCCAAGCAAAACAGACACGUUCCGCGGGUUUUGCUCUGGCUCCGCUACCUGUCUUUUAUAGUGUUGUAUCCGCUUGGACUCUUGAGUGAGCCCGUGGUGGUGUACAAGACGUUGGGACAUGUUUCGGGUGGCUACUACUACUUCUUGGCGCUUGGCAUGUUGAUGUAUGUGCCAGGCUUUGUGUUUCUCUACCUGUACAUGUGGAAACAGCGGAAGAAGUACCUUGUGGCCAAGUCCGAGUGA